AUGCUCCGCGAGAGCAAGAGCACCAUCCGCCCGGCCUCGCGGCGCGCGUCCCCAGCGGUGGAGGGCAGCGCAGCCGCGGCAGGGGGCGCGCGGGAGGAGGAAUUUGCGCUUCUGCACGGCGAGAGCGGCGCGGAGGCGUUCGGGAUGUGGAUCAAACUGACGGACAAACUGACGGAGCUGCUGACGGCCGGCGACGACGGCGUCCAGGCGAUGAUGAAGUUCGGCCGGAACGGCGGCGGGCACGCCAUCCGGGUGGGCGACGUGGAGUUCAAGUUCACGUCGCACGGCGAGCCCGACCCCGCACUCUGCGACGUCUACCGCCUCCUGCCGCCCGGCGACGCGGCGUGCGGCAGCGCGGAGGGGGGGGAGCGGCGGGCGCUGGAGCACGUGGCGCAGGUGGCGCGCAAGCUGAGCGUGCAGCGACCGCUGGACGAGCGCGAGAAGGAGAAGUGGCGCGACCUCACCAAGAGCACCCCCAAAGUCGCCAGUAACAAGUUGAAGCUGGUGGAUCUAAAGGGCAACAAGGCAGCCGCCCCCACCGCCGACGUGCACAGAGGUCCUGGGAGGGGCGCUGCGAGCUUGCACGUGCAGAAGAAGCCAGGGCUGUUCAAGCGAUCGCCAGCGGCGCCCAUCCCCCCGCUCGCCAAGCAGCAGCUUCAACAGCAGCGCCUGUCGCCCUUCAAUCGCGCCACCCCUGCCGCCAUGUCCCCCGACCUGGCAGGGGGGAGGGCGCUGGAGCCCAGGUCCGCCCACGCCACCCCCCCACGCCCUGGCCCCCACGCGCCCGACGCACAUGACCGUGCCGCAGCCGCGCUGCUGGGGGGCACGCCUCAGGCGCCCCAGGUGCAGCAAGUGCCGGUGGGUGAGCUGCGCGCGUUCCUGGUGGACAUCAUUGGGCGCAACCCCAAGGGCGUCAGCAAAACUGCGAUGGAGAGGGCAACAGGGCAUGAGUGGGCUCAGCUAGACAGGGUCGUCAGGCAGAUAGCGAAGCUGCAUGCGCCGGGGUACUACCGCCUGCUGCCACACGUCAAGGACACCACCCAGAGCGCACACCCUGCUGCUGCACCACCACCAGCAGCAGGCGCAGGGCGCUCCCCCAUACAGCGUCGCUCCACAUCCCCUCUGCCCUCACACUCCCCUCUGCCCUCCCGCUCCCCUCUGCCCGCGCACUCCCCGCGGCCAUCCCAUUCCUCUCUGAGGACGCCUCCUCUCUCCCCUCUGGCUGCCGCCUCCCCCCGCCCAUCCACGUCCCCCCUCCCAUCGGCAUCCCCCCGCCCCGCGGCCACGCCUCCACCGCACUCCCCCCUCUAUGUGCCUUUGCCCUCCAUCGCUGCCCUCUAUGCUCACCGCCCUGCUGCUCCUCACUCUCACCAUCCCUUGCCAUCGUGCCUUCCCUUCCCCGUCCCCCUUUCUCCUCCCCCUCGCUACCCCUUCCCUCCUCUUUCCUCACUCCCUUCCCGUUCUCACUCCCUUCCCGUUCUCACUCCCUUCCCGUUCUCACUCCCUUCCCGUUCUCACUCUCCCCAUAUUCCCAAUCCGCUUACCCCUUUCCCCUUCCCCACUGGGCAUUCUCCCUGCAGGGGCGUGGAGGCGGCAGAGGGUGGGGGUGGGGUGGGCAGGGAGGGAGCGCGGGCGGGCAGGGUGCCGCUGCUGAACCUCAAUGAGACGGGCUUCGUCGACGACGAGGGGGGGGGAGACGCGCAUGCGCAUGGGGACGGAGAUGGGGAUGGGGGGAAGGAGCAGGAGGAGGAGGAGGAAGAGGAGGAGGAAGAGGAGGACGAGGAAGGGGAGGAGGAAUUGGUGGUGGAAGAGGAAGAGGUUGGAGGGGAGGGGAAGGGGGAGGAGGAGAGAGAAGUGGAGGGGGGGAUGAGCACAGCAGGGGGAGAGGCGGGAGAGGGGGGCUUAGGGGAGGGCGCUGGGGGUGAGAGCUCGGAUCACUCAAGGGGCGAAGGGGCAGACGGGGAGGCGGGUGAGGAGAAGAAGGGGGAGGCGGGCGAGGAGGGAGGGGGGGAAGAGGAGGUGCGGCUGGAAGACCUGUUUGGGGAUGAGUCCCCCUCCCAUGGGGAAGGGGAAGAUGGGGGGGAGGGAGGAGGGGCCAUUGGAGAGAGUGGAGAAAUGGAGGGCGAGGGACAGGUGAAGGGAGAGAGUAGCGAGGGUGGGAGUGGGAGUGAGAGCGAGAGUGAGAGUGGCAGUGGGAGUGGCAGUGGCAGUGAGAGUGGGAGCGGGAGUGAGAGUGAGGGCGAGGGGGAUGCGGGCAGCAGCAGCAGUGGCAGCAGCGGCAGUGCGAGUGAGAUUGACAUCGACAUCGACGAUGGGGACGCGGCGGACAGCGGCAGGGGGGGAGGCGAGGUGGAGAAGAGGGCGGAGGGCAAGGGGGCGCGGGCGAGGCACGAGGGGCGCGCACAUGGGCAUGGGCACGGGCACGGGCACGGGCACGGGCACGGGCACGGGCGGGCAGAGAGGGAGGCGAGGGCAGCGCGGGAGGGGCAGGCAGAAGCGAGCAGUGGAGGGGAGGAGGCGGGUGGCCAAGGGGGGAGCGGGGGUGUGGGGGAAGAGGGGACCUGGGCGGAAGAGGGGGAGGGGGGACUCGGCGGAAAAAGGGAAGACGGAGGGAAAGAGGUGGAUGGAAAGAAGGGAGUGCAUGGAGGGAAGGAGUUGCAGGAGGGGCAGGGGGAGGAGGAGGGGGAGAUGGUAGGAGAGGACCAAGGAGAGGCAGGGGAGGAGGGGGAGGAGGGGGAGGAGGGGGAGUUGAAGGUGGAUGGCAGCGGGGAGAAGGGAGAUAGCUGUGAUGUGCAUGGUGAAGGGGAUGAGCCUGGCAAGCAAGGCACGGGGGCGGACGGGAAUACUGGCGUGCCAAGGGAGGAAGGGAUUGAAGGCGAGGACGGAAAUGAAGGGGCGGCAGAGGAGGCAUGGGCUGGAAAGGAUGCUAGGGCUAAGGCGACAGGGAGUGAGGAGCAAGGCGAUGGGGCACUGAGAGAAGCAGAGGAGAAGGAUAGAGUGAGAAAGGCAGAGGAGGAGAGAGUGAGAAAAGCAGAAGAAGAGGAGAGAGUGAGAAAGGCAGAAAAGGAGGAAAGAGAAAGAAAGGCAGAAGAGGAGAGAGUGAGAAAGGCAGAAGAGGAGAGAGUGAGAAAGGCAGAAGAGGAGAGAGUGAGGAAGGCAGAAGAGGAGAGAGCGAGAAAGGCAGAAGAGGAGAGAGUGUUAAAGGCAGAAGAGGAGGAGAGAGUGAGAAAAGAGAAGCUUGAGGAGGAGAGGAAGAGAGUGAGAGAGGAUAAUGUUCGGCGGAUGAAAGAGAGGGAGGAGGCGGAGCGGGCGGCCAGGGAGGAGAGAAUGAAAGCGGAAGAGGUGCGGCGGGCGAAGGAGGAGACGGAGCGGAGGGCAGAACAAGAAAGGGAGGCGAGAGAUGGGGAGAAGGACAAGCGAGAGAAGGAGAAAGAGAAAGAUGAUAAGGAAAAGGCAGAGAGGCUUGAAAGGGAAAGAAGGGAAAAACAAGAGAGGGAAAGAAGGGAGGAGGAGAAAAGAGCGAAACAGGAAAAGGAAAGGGAAGAGAGGGAAACGGAGAGGAGACAGGUAGAGAAGGAGCAGAGAGAGAUGCAGGAGACGGGAAGGAGGGAGAAGCAGGAAAGGCAAGAAGAGGAGAGUGUGGGAAAGAAGAGGUUGCGUGUGAAGGGUGGGGAGGAUGCAGACGCGAGGGAGAAGGAGAAGGUGGGCGGCGCGAGGGAGGAGAUGGCAAGGCAGGGGGGGGAUGGGGAUGGGUGGGAGGAGGUGGGUGCAGGGCGAGGGGACGACGAGGGGCCCCGAGGGCUGCUCAAGGGAUCUGGGGCGCUGGGGCGAAAGGGUGAAGGCGGCAGGGGUGAGGGCGGCAGGGGUGACGGCGGCAGGGCGAUGGAGGAGAGAGAGGUGGGGAAGGUGGAGAAGAGGAAGAAGGAGAAGAGAAGUAAAGCAGGCAGGGUGGGGGAGAAGAGGGAGAAGAGAAGGAGGCAGGAGGGCGGGCAGGAUGGGGCAGGGGAAGGCGGGCCAGCAGACAUGGGCGGUGGGAUGAAGCGGCGAGUGGGUGGCGAUGCUGACCAGCCUCAUGCUCACCCCGACUCCCCGCCUGCCUCAGAUGCCACCGUGGCUCCUGUGGGGGGAUGGGCGGAGGGAGAGGAGAGUGGGGGGCAGGCGAGGCAGAAGCGGAGGCGGUAUGAGGAGGAAGCGGAGGAGGGGGGUGGGACAGAGGGAGAGAAUGGCAGUGAUGAGGGGUGGGAGGGGCAUGACACGUCGUUCUAUGAGCCCUAUGAGAAGGACAAGCCCGAGCUGAAGGAGCCCAUCACAUCUCGAGACCAGUACGCGCUGUACCACGCGGAGUUCACGGACAAGUACGCCGUCUACCUGCGCCUGCACUGCAUCCUCGACGCCCAGCGGGAGGAAGCGGAGCGGAUAUUCUCGGAAAUGGACGAGUGCGAGGAUGAGGAGGAGAAGGAGCGGUAUAAGCGGCGGAUAUAUGCCAUGUUCCACAGCAGACACAAGCGCCUGCAUCAAAUGAAGGCGGUCUUUGCCCUCAUGCAGCAGGAGCUUGCG